UGCUCCACACCCAGAACGUGCUCACAGCCCGUUGGAUCCGGCAGGGAACGGAUCCAAACCCCUGCACGGGGGCAGCCCAGACUCCAGGGCUGGCAGCAGAGAUCCCUCCUUGGAGAUAAACACAGCAGGAACUCAGCUGGAUGAGGGGGCAGCCCGGGCUGGGAUCCCGCUGGACGUGGAUGGAGAUGGGACAGGAAUCCCACUGGACAUGGAUGCAGAUGGGGUAGAAGUUCCACUGGACGUGCAUGGAGGUGGGACAGGGAUCCCAGUGGACCAGGACACAGCAGGAAUUCUGCUGGACGUGGAUGAAGGUGGGACUGGGAUCCCACUGGCCAUGGAUGAAGGUGGGACAGGAAUCCCAUUGGAUGUGGAUGAAGGUGGGACAGGAAUCCCACUGGAUGAGGAUACAUCAGGAUUUCUGCUGGACGUGGAUGAAGGUGGGACAGGAAUCCCAGUGGACAAGGAUACAUCAGGAUUUCUGCUGGAUGUGGAUGAAGGUGGGACAGGGAUCCCACUGGCCAUGGAUGAAGGUGGGACAGGAAUCCCACUGGAUGAGGACACACCAGGAUUUCUGCUGGAUGUGGAUGAAGGUGGGACAGGAAUCCCAGUGGACAAGGAUACAUCAGGAAUUCUGGAUGUGGAUGAAGGUGGGACAGGGAUCCCAGUGGAUGAGGACACAUCAGAAAUUCUGCUGGAUGUGGAUGAAGGUGGGACAGGAAUCCCACUGGAUGAGGACACAUCAGGAUUUCUGCUGGAUGUGGAUGAAGGUGGGACAGGGAUCCCACUGGCCAUGGAUGAAGGUGGGACAGGGAUCCCACUGGCCAUGGACACGGACAGAGCAGGGAUCCCAGACCAUGCAGAUGGGGCAGGAAUCCCGCUGGCCAUGGACACAGAGGGAGCAGGCAGCCCUUUGGAUGCCAACACCCCCGAGCAGCGGUGCCUGAGCCUGGAAGAGCUGGGCAAUUACUUCCAGGAGUGCAUCGAGGUGGUGGAGCAGCUGGAGCGCGAGCGGGACAGGCUGAUCGCGGAGCUGGCGCAGCUGCGCGAGCCGGCGCUGCAGGAGAUCCGCCAUGCCCACGAGGAGAUCCAGGCCGCCUGCAGGCUGCUGGCCAAGGUGGAGCUGGAGAGGGACAACCUGCGCGACGAGAUCCGCCAGAUCAAGCAGAAGCUCUUCAAGGUGACCAAGGAGUGCGUGGCCUGCCAGUACCAGCUGGAGAGCAGGAGGCACGACCUCUCGCAGCACGCCGCCUACCAGGGCGAGCUGCAGAGCCAGGCGGGGCAGCUCUCGGGGGAGCUGUCCCAGCUCAAGGAGAGCUGCGAGAAGGAGAAGGAAGUUCUGAGGCAGCGCCUGGAGGCUCCUCCGUGCCGCCAGGACAACCUGUACCUGCAGGAGAGCCGCAGGUUGUCGCUGGAAUUCGAGAGUUUUGUGGCCCAGAGCCGGCGGGGGCUGGAGGAGCACUACGAGCCGCAGCUGCUGCGGCUGCUGGAAAAUCUACGGGCACCUCUGCAAACUGGAGGAAAAAGCAGAGCAGGACUCUUAGAACCACAGAAUUUUCCUCUUUGUAGCAAAAAAACCAAUGGACAGAGGAUGCAAGGGAUUCUCCUCGUGCUGCUUUACCCUGCCUGAUGUGCAGCAGCUGCCUGGAGCUGGGAAUUCCAAUCUUUGAAUUUCCAAUUUGAAUUUCCAAUCUUUUCCUUGGGUAUUCCCCCAGGUGCUGCUGCUGCUGCUGCUCUUUGCUUUUCCCCAGAGGAGCAGAACAAAAAAAAAAAACAAAAAAUCUUUGUACUGAACAAAGGAUAUGGAUGAGGAAUAACUGAUUGAUGUUUUGCUGUGUUUGAGAAAAUGUUGUUCAAAUUCUGGGAGCUUGGUGUUAGGGGGGUUUGACUUUUAAAGUUUACAUGCAAGAGAAGCUUUCUCCUUUGAAGAGGAUUUUUCUUUUGUAUUUCAAGAGUUUCUGCUGUACUGGGACGUGCUCCACAGAAAGGAGGUGGUGGGGAAGAGGUUUUUCCACUUUCUAUCGAGUCUCACACUGAAAAUAAAAGGUCAGAGUUUAAGGACCCAAAUUGA